AUGCCAACCCUUCAAACCCUCCCUCUCGAGCUACACGAAAAGAUUUCAUCUUAUCUCAUCCCAAGGGACAUCGGAUCUCUAGCACUAUCCUGCAAACCCCUCUUCCACUAUCUCGGACCCGAUAAUAGGUUAUUAUGGCACCACCUUCUUGCGCGUGGGGCGGCCGCCGGUCUGAAAAGUUAUCCCGCGGGGUAUCAUAAACUACUCGCGGAGGCACACGCAGCAUCGUAUAAAGUCUUCGACGACAGUGGGGCUAGAGAUUAUUGGUCCGAAGCUUGUUGUAUAUUUUCUGGGAAUAUGGCUGAGGGGUGUAGGCUUUGUUUGGCGAUUUCGAUGAGAGGUUCGGAUAGGGAGAUUACGCAUCCGACUAAGAAGGGAGUACGGGUGACGAAGAAAUAUUGUAAAAGAUGCGCUGUUGAUUGGUUUGUUCAGGUUCGAAAGUUCAAAUCUCGAUAUCCGGAGAUUAAACUACCAGUUACUUCGACUCUUCCAGGAUUUGGAACGUCUAGCCACGGUGUUGUCGCAAUAUGGAUAGCGAUAAGACAUAUCGAGGAUCAAAGCCGAGGUGUGCCCUACGAAAUCGCUCGUACGCCAUCAAAUCGGUUCAUCGCGAGUUGGGUACAUCAGGGAAGGCCUAGGACUGAAGCCAUACAGCUCGAUGAAGCCGUGAAGUUCGUCGUUGAGAUUUAUAAAAGGGAGUAUAAGCAUAUACAGAUCAUAAUCUCGGACAAGAAGUUAUAUGCCGUUUUUACGAACUGUUUGGAACUGGAGAAUUUUUGUCCUAGUAUCGCUGAGGUGUUUUGCUUUGAGCAGUCUGGUUUUGGCGCUGUUAUUGUUGAGAUUUCAAAGAUGCUAGGCGCUGGUGAUGAUAAUGAUUCUAGAAAGGCUGCAGAAGAAUUGGCAACUAAUAUCGCUAUUGAAAGAAUACUCUCAAAGAUGUUUUGCAAGCCAGACGAUUUCCAUCCGGAACGCUUGUCCGCUCCGAACUGCAUUCUUUUGGCAAUGGAGAUGUCGUCUGCGUUGGAAAACAAAGCGUUAUCAUGGCUCCUCAAGUUUUCUUGUUUAUAUUCUCCACCAUACAAGGUUAAUGACGACGAAGAAGGGGGUGAUGACGGCGAAUAUGACGGCGAUGAUGAAAAAGCUGUGUGUUAUUGGUGUUUAAGAGAGGCCAAAGGGGGGAAAAGAGAGACAAACAGUUCCUUUAAAUUUAUGAAGGAUGAUUUAGGGGGGGUUAAUUCCAUUUCUUGUGACUGGAUUGUUACGCAUGUGAUGACCGCACACAGGGAGAUGUUAUGGGUUAGACCGAAGGGGAGGAUGCACGAGUUACAAAUAUGCGCAGGGCAACUUACGGAGGAAUCGGAAAGCGAGGUGGAAGAGCUUUUAGGGACGAAGUUUAAUUUCGAGAACGAGGAGUUAGAAGAUAUUCCUGCGGAGUCAGUGGGACACGAUGGAGAGUUUUUGACGGAAUCAACGUACUUUGUUAUGUAG